AUGAAUAUGGAAAUGAAUGAAAGUGUAUUGAAUGAAAUAUAUGAACUACAGAAUAAAAGAUGGAGAAGUAUAAAAAAAAAAUUUAAGCCCCCCCUUACAAUGGCUGAGAACAAUGAAAAGAAGCAGCUGAAUGUUUGUGUGAUAGGACAUGUGGACUCUGGAAAGAGUACGACAGUUGGACAGUUUUUGUACAAACUUGGAACAGUGAAUGACCGAGAUCUUGAGAAGAACAAGAAGCUGGCGCAGGAGUAUGGAAAGGACUCGUUUGAGUAUGCGUUUGUGACUGACAAGACAGCAGAGGAAAGGCGAAGAGGAAUUACAAUAACUACCACUCUUGUGAAGGCAAGUACUGAGAAGUAUGAAUUGAAUAUUCUUGACUGCCCAGGACACAUUGAUUUUAUCAAGAACAUGGUGACUGGAGCAGCACAGGCAGAUGUGGGAGUAGUAGUUGUGCCUGCUGAUGGAUUUGAAGCGUGCCUUGGUAAGAAUGGAACUCUGCAAAGUCAUAUUAUGAUAGCAGGAGUGCUUGGAUGCAAGAAGCUGGUUGUGUGUAUUAACAAGAUGGACUCGCCUGCGAUCCCUGUGAAUGAGAGAGCAAAGAAGUUCAAUGACGUGAGGACGGAGAUGGUGAAGACUGUGAUCAGGAAAUGCCAUCCUGACAAGGACCCUAUAGUAAUACCGAUAUCUGCAAAGAUGGGAGUGAAUUUGAUUGAGAAUGGAGAGAAGUAUGAUUGGUUUGAGGGAUGGAGUGACUCUAAGAACCCGGAUGCACCAAAGAUACAUACGCUUGAGGCAGCACUGAAUUACCAGACGACACCUGAGAGACCAAGUGACAAACCGCUAAGGAUAGUUAUAUCUGGAAUACACAAGAUAUCUGGAAUUGGUAAUGUGUACACGGGACGAGUUGACUCUGGAAAGAUAUUGACGAAUAUGAAGGUGGUGAUACAGCCGGCAGGUGUGUAUACUGAGGUGAAGAGUUUGGAGAUUCAUAGGCAGGCAAAGAAGGAGGUUGAGUGUGGAGAGAACUGUGGAAUAGCAUUUAAGAAUGCAUCAAAGGGAGACUUUGAUCAUGUGAAGACUGGACAUGUGAUAUCCAAGGACGAUGAGACAGCAGCGAAGCUGUAUCCAGCAGCUGAGGCUAACAUUGUGGUAACAGAUAGGCCUACUGGAUUUACUGCAGGAUACAGUCCGUUCAUAUGCUUUGGAGUGCUAGGAGUGUCUACUGUGGUUGCAUUUUUGAAGAAGAAGAUGAAUAAGCAGAGGAUUGCAGAGGAGAAUCCCGAGAGGAUGGAGACUGGAGAGAGUGGAACUGUGGUUAUUAUACCUCAAAAGGCAGCAGUGUUUGACUCUGUAACGGAGUUCCCGUCUCUUGGAAGGUUUGCAGCGAUGGACUCUAAGCAAGUGGUGUUUAUUGGAAGUAUUGUGCGACCGUUGACAGCGGAAAUGCUACAGAGUGAGUAUGGAAUUACUGCGGAUUCUGUAGGAGCCAAGGAUGCUACUGCAGCAGCAGCAGGAAAGAAGAAGAAGUAA